AUGUCAGAACAGAAAUCGUAUGUUCAGGAAAGAUUGGAAUCACUCCAUGAAAUUGACACCCGAAUAGUGUCAUUUCUAGGAAAUAUGUCCAAAGCUAUAUCAGCAUUACAAUUGGCCAAGCAGACAGGCGAAAAGGAUCAAAUUGAAUUGUUUGAAAAGAAUACUGGGAAGUGCUAUGAAGAUUUGAGUUAUACUGCAACACAUUUCAGGCGGGAGAUCAAGUUUUUAUCGGAUGCGAUGAAAAAUAAUGGGAGAAAUGAUGGCUUUAUUAUGCUACCAGCACAGAUUGAUAAGAAGGCCUCAUGGGUGAAUGGAUCAAAAAUCAAGGAAGAACUAAAUGAGCUCAAUAAGUUGGUUGGGGUGGAAAGCACAAGUGAAAAGGAUGGAAAUGAUGAAACGAAAGAAAAGGAUGAGAAGUUACUGGAUAAUAUAGUUAAAAGUGAAACUAUAGGUGAGGAGCAUAAAGCAAUUGACAGCACACAAGUAAAGGUGGAGAAAGAGAAAGAUCAGAAUGAGAUUGGGCAGGAAACGCAAAACGUGGAGGCAUAUGGAUAUGGUGAUACUGAAAUGCAACCAAAUGUGAAGAAAGAGCAUGAAGAUGUUGAGAUGUCAGACAUUUAA